UCGCGUUACCUCGCGAGACCUCACGGUGACAGACCCGAGAGCUCGCUCGCUGGAUUUGAGUUUUGUUUUUUGCAGCUUGACCACGUCUACUUUUCACAGAAAGCCCAAAAACGUCGCCUCGCUCAGACCUUUGUGUAUUUAUUGUGUCGUACAAACGCGAGAAAGUAAGUUAACGUGAUACCGUAUUUUGUUUUCAAACACAAGGUGGAGAGUGUUUCGGGGAGGGGGGCUGCAGGAAAGUCGACUGCACGGAUUUGUAUUUAUUUUUUGUAUUCUUUCCUAUCAUGGCUGGACGAUUGUAGCGGCGAACGCAUCCACUUUGUGUGACUAAUCCAUCCGUUUUUGGGUUUUUUUUGGGGGGGAGGGGGGGUGAGGAAUAUCCCCGAGAAAGUUGCCGGGAUGGCGGUUCGGGAAACCGGGCGGUGAUUCCUCUCAUCCGAGGGAGAAAUCAGAUCGAUUGUUUCGGAUGGAGCACUUUCUGUGGGAUUUCACGCCCCGAGCGUGAAUCCACCCCUAGCCGUGGGCGCUUCGAGGUGGGAUAGAGCACGGAAAAAAAGACCCCCUUGGCCCCCCCACCGCCACCUCCGGAUCACCUCGGAAAAUGGAUAAACUGACAGUGAUAUCGGGAUGUCUCUUCCUCGCCGCGGAAGUCUUCGCCAUCGCCAGCAUCGCCAACCCGGACUGGAUCAGCACCGGGGAGUCAGCCGGCUCUCUGACCGUCGGCCUGGUCCGCCAGUGCCAGACCAUCCACGGCCGAGAUCGGACCUGCAUCCCGCCCCACAUGCCCCCAGAGUGGGUCAUCACCCUCUUCUUCAUCGUGCUGGGCGUCCUCUCGCUGACCGUCACUUGCUUUCUGCUGGUGGCGUCGCACUGGCGCCGGGAGGUGAUCCGAUACGCCCGCUGGAUCGCCUUCACAGGGCUGGUCCUGUUCUGCAUGGCCGCCCUGAUCUUCCCGAUCGGCUUCUACGUCAACGAGGUCGGAGGUCAGCCGUACAAGCUGCCCAACAACACCGGGGUGGGUUCGUCCUACGUGCUCUUCGUUCUCUCCAUUUUUUUCACCAUCGUGGGCCUGCUGUUCGCCGGCAAGGUUUGCUUGCCCGGCUGACAUAUUUAAAAAAAAAAAACAAUUUUUUUUACACACUUUGCCAUUUUUUUUUGUUGUUGUUCCUCUCGAGAGGCUCGGCACGACGCUUCCGAUUGAAGCGGGAGUUGCACCCGUCCCAUCUGUUUCUUCAGAUGCAGGGGAAUUUUGCAAAAGAUGGAUUUAAUACAUCAGAUGGAUUAUCGAGCAUCUCACGGAGCAAAACGGUAACCUCGACCACCCCCAUUACCGAAAACCGGGACGAGUUUGCUCGUAAGAACCGAUGCGGGACAAUCCGGUCCGUAACGUUCACUUGGCGUUGAUUUCACUUUCUUUUUUUUUUUUUGUAUUUAUUUUUCUCGUUUUAUCAUUCAUUUUUUCAAAUGAAAAUGUCUAAUAUAUUCCAGUGUAUAGCCACCGUUAAUGUGUAAAAAUGAAAUUGCUCAUCUUUAAACUAUGAGGAUUAA